AACUCUAGAAGCCUCCAUCACCACAUUUCCUGUUUGUAACUGAACAAAGUACACGCAGAAGAUUUUAAGAAGAGAGAAAAAACGGAGGUACAGAUAAAGUUUACUGACACUUCUCACUUAACAGAGCAACAUUACUUAGAAAAAAAAGCUUGCGGGAGUAUUUUUAAUUCAUACAUUUGCCUAUGGCUACAUAAGGAUUUCUCAAAGAAAAAAAGCAUGGCAGGAAGCCCUGAAUGCCACUUUUCUGUCUGGGCAAUUCUAGCCUUCUUGGGCUUAGCUCUGACUAUAUCGCUCAUCUUCAACAUUUUCCACUAUGUGGAAAAGCAGCGACAAGAAAAAAUAUGCGCAUACUCCGACGACUACUUUCCCAGGGAAGAUGAGUAUGAUCUCGAAGAUGCACCAAUUUAUGGUAACGUAGAUAAUGUGGCCUUAGAACCAGUGGAUGAAAACUGCUAUGAACAGAUGAAAGCACGACCAGACAGAUCUGUGAACAAACUGCAAGAUGCCCCACCUUCACAGGAAACUGAAGUAAGGAUGUGCUAUGCCUCAUUAGAUCACAACAAUGAGGGGAAGCGAAGAAGGCCCAAGAAACAGAAAACUCAUUUGUCAGACAAGGAUGGAGACGGGCAGAUGCAUGCAAUGGAUAUCAGCCUUUCUAAGACCACUUUGGUGGACAGUUUCCCACCGGAAAGCGAGGCAAUGGAGGAAAACAUUCAUGAUGAUCCCAUCAGGCUGUUUGGAUUGAUCCGUGCCCAGAAAGAAAGUUUACACUCACUGGACUAUGAUCUGGCUGAGUGAAGUGGCUCUUGCUGGAUGCAUUUGUCAAAGAAAUGAAGACCCAUCUGACACAGCAUGACUUGUCAGGGUGAUGAUCUGAUCGUCUGUUGGUGGGAUGGACGCGUACCUUUUAUCCAGAGGUUAUGUUAUGCACACCAAAUGGAAUACCAUACACAUUAGCUAUUUAGUUAUUUGAAUUCACUUAAAAAACACCUAUGUAGUCAAAUGUGAAUAAAAUAAAGUUUGCAGAUUGAUCCUGAUAGAAGCCAUAACUUCAGAAUAAUGCUCAGUGAUAUAAACCUGCCCCGAAAAAAGGUUUUAAGCAUAUGUUCUUAAUCAUGUUGAAAGAAGUCAAUUUUUUUUAAGUUCUCCUUUCUGAAUGUGAAAUAUCCCAUAAUUGGAGGAAAUUUCUGAUUGAAAGGCAUGGGAGGCAUUUAAACUUAUUUCUAAGAGUAGAGGGGUAGGCUUCUUAAUAUUUUUCACAAAUGGAAAUUUUAGUUCUAGAAAUUAUAAAAUUAAUGCAUAUUCCUUAUAACAGUAAAUAGUAUCAAAAAUAAUUUAGAUAUUCCACUAGCCAGAGAUAAUUGCCAUGAUGAACUUUCUAUAUACUCUUUUAGAUAUUUUUCUCAGCAUGACCAUGAGUGAGUGAGUGAAGUCGCUCAGUCGUGUCCGACUCUUUGCGACCCCAUGGACUGUAGCCUACUAGGCUCCUCUCUCCAUGGGAUUCUCCAGGCAAGAAUACUGGAGUGGGUUACCAUUUCCUUCUCCAGGGGAUCUUCCCGACUCAGGGAUUGAACCCCGGUCUCCUGCAUUGCAAGCAGAUGCUUUAACCUCUGAGCCACCAGGGAAGCCCCAAGCAUGACCAUACAUAUACUCAUUUAUAGGCCCACUAGUUUUUUUUUUUUUUAACCAAAAAAGAAAAAGGGGGAAUGAUGAUUGUACACAUAUUAUUUAAACUUUUUUCACUUAAUAUAUCAUAAAUUUCUUUCCACUGUUAUUUUUAACUAUAAUUAAUAAUUUUAAUUUAAUGACUGCAUAGUAUUUCAUUGAUGAUUGUAUGAAAACUUAAAUAAUUUUGAAGUACAUUUAGCUCAUUUCCAAUCUCUGGAUUUUUGCUUUUACAAAUAACAUUUUAAUGAGAAUCCAUCUUUGCACAUGUUUGGUACUUGUCUGACUUUCUUGUGGCUAAAUGUCUAGGAAAAGGAUUGUUGCUUUAAAAGGUGUGCAUUGUAUAAGGCUCUAUAGAUUAUAUUUCUGAAAGGCUAAGAGUUAGGUCAAAGUGUGUGCCCUGUUUAAACGCUAAUAAGUGCUCUUAAAUUGCUCUCCAAAAAUUUUUUUUCUAAAAUGCUUUCUCUCUUGCUCCAUUUGGAGUAACAGUUGGGUCAAAAUCACUGAACAAAAGCAUUAUAAGUGACAGCUAUUGCUCCUGCCCUCUGACUAGAGCUUAGAAGGUUUUAGUGACUCUUCAAUUAUCUGUGGAGCUCCUGUGGCAGUUGAUGCCAUAGUUAAACAGUGAUGAUGGAAACAGGCUCUGCACCCAUUGAACUAGGCUAGGAUAGAAGAUGAGUAUUAGGUUAAAGAAAAGUGUGAAGUGAAGUCGCUCAGUCAUGUCCGACUCUUUGCGACCCCUGGACUGUAGCCCACCAGGCUCCUCCAUCUGUGGGAUUCUCCAGGCAAGAAUACUGGAUGGGUUGCCGUUUCCUUCUCCAGGGGAUCUUCCCGACACAGGGAUCGAACCCGGGUCUCCCGCAUUGUGGGCAGGGCUUUACCCCACCUGAGCCACCAGGGAAGCUCAAAGAAAAGUAUAGCUACUAGUAAAAAAAAAAAAAAAUACUAUUAAGAAAAAAAAAUUAGAGAUAAUAACAGUGAGAAGGCAUCUCUGGAGGAAGUCUUAAUUCUGAGAACUGAACAAUGAGAAAGAACCACCCACAUAAAGAGAGGAAGGAAGAGCACAUUUUGUGUAAAACUUCUAUCCCUAUUUGGAAGUGCCUAUUUCUAUCAAUAAUUAUUUUCCAUUAUGAAUCUGUAGAAAAUUAAAUGCUGAUUACAAAAUAUUUCAAGUUGUCCACAAUGCCAUAGAAAAGGCAAGAAAUAUUAGUAUCUAAGGUCAGAAGAAGUCAGGUUUCUGAUUCCAAAGAACCAAAAUGGAGUUAAUAAUACAUAUUGACUUUGUGUUUAAUGUUUAAUUUAAAAUAAAAUUUUUGCUAUCAUGUUUAUGUUGUUACAUGUUUAUAUACUACUAUGGCUCAAUAAAAAUAAAGUUAGGUUGUGUUUAUGGCAGCUAUUUUUUCCUGUAACUAUUCCACAGGAUUCACUUUUAUUAUUUACCUGGCAUCUAGAAAUAUUUGAAUUUUUUGCCUCUGGUUUAUAUCAUUUGAAUUCCAAAAUAUUUUAAAGUUUUGUGUACCAGAUAUAUCUGAUACUCAUUAGGAAGAUGUUUAGCUACAAAUUUAAAUUCUUUAAUAAACACAGUGCAGGGAGCCGGCCUGAAGGUACAGGCCCCUUACGGCUCUAAGAGAGAUCAAAGGGUCUCUCUUUGUCCUGCCACGCCUUCUUGUUAAAGUAUAGACUGGCAUUUGUCUCCUUCAGGGAAAAAACACACCGGUGACCUUUUUGCCUGUUUUUCUGGUGCUGAUAAGCCCAUCAUGCUCAAAACCUGUUUUCCAUCUAAUGUUCUAUUGAUGAAGCCUGUUUUCUAUCUAAUGUUCUAAUGAUCUUAAUCAUGUUGGGCGCUAGGGUAAUUAACGCUUUACUGAUCUUGAGUGUGGGAAUUUAAAACAUCUGUAGCUCUGCACGUAUGCAAACCCUCGAUCUAUUCUUAGUAACUCCUGUUAGCGUAUAUAUAGGCGUGGUGUUCUUCAAUAAAGUUGGCGGAGUCAGACGCAAGCGGACUCCAUCCCUCUCAACCCCA